AUGGGACGAGCUCACGGGAAAGCGACCUCUGUUGGCCUGACAAAGACCCGCCGAGGCAGCAGGUUGAAGGACAGGAGACGGUUCUGCAAAGCGGGUGGCAUCACCCUUUUUGCCAGUCGUUUACGCGUCGCCUCGUUCCCCGCGCUGGUCUUGCCUCCUGACCGAUUUCUGCCCCGCGGCGACCUCCACGUCCCUCCGCCCGGGCAGCCCGAUAAACGCUUCCACCACCCGCCGUCCAGGCCGUCUGUCUCUCCUUUCUCUGCUUCACUCUCCCUAUUUAAUCUGCAUCUUGAUCCUGGUUGUGGUUACAGGUUCUACGCAUCUGAGGUUGUGGUUGCCUUGGAGUACCUACACAUGAUGGGGAUAAUAUACCGUGAUUUGAAGCCUGAAAAUGUGCUCAUAAGAUCGGACGGUCACGUAAUGCUCACUGACUUUGACCUCUCACUGAAAGGCGACGACACAACAUCAACGGCUCAGAUCGUGUUCGAUCAAGAUCCACCCUGCAACACCUGUUCCAACGACCAUUCCAAGAACCAAUGCGCCCCCGCCAUGUCAUCCUGCAUGCUGCCAAAUUGCAUUGUGCCAUCUGUCCCAUGCUUCCACCCGAAACGCGGUCGUAGCAAGAGGUCAUCGCGGUGUGGGUCGGUGGAGAUCGUGGCGGAGCCAAUAGAAAUUCGGUCGACGUCGUUCGUUGGGACCCAUGAGUACUUGGCGCCGGAAGUGAUUUCCGGGGAGGGUCACGGUAACGCCGUUGAUUGGUGGACACUGGGAGUAUUCAUUUUUGAACUGUUCUACGGGAUGACACCCUUCAAAGGGGUUGAGCAUGAGCUAACCCUAGCGAACAUAGUGGCACGUGCCCUUGAGUUCCCUAAGGAGCCAAUGAUCCCAGGAGCAGCUAGGGAUUUGAUAUCACAACUGUUGGUGAAGGACUCAACAAUGAGACUGGGUUCAACAAUGGGUGCCCUAGCAAUCAAGCACCACCCCUUCUUCAAUGGAGUUAAUUGGGCAUUGUUAAGGUGUGCUACCCCUCCAUACAUCCCUGCAUCAGACAAGUGCAAGGAAUUGGUUCGACUCUAUAAUUGCACAACCAAUACCGUAGACUUCUAUUAGAACUCUCUUUCUCUAUAUAUAUUCAUAUAUAUAUAUAUAAUCCCACUUUUAUAUAUAUAUAAUCCCACUUUUAUAUAUAUAUAUACAUACUUAUGACCAUCCAUACAACUCAAACUGCUCAUAUACAACUUCAACUCAGACAACUGCUGUGGGAUUUUACUAAAACUACAAAACCAUGUUUGUGUAAUUAACAGUUGCGUUGGUGUAAUUAAUUACAGUUAUAAAACUGGAAUUGGUGAAAUUAACAAUUUUAUUUAAUUUAUAGAAUG